AUGAGAGACGAUGACACCUUACGUCAUGCGUUGUCUUCUGGACCAUAUGACCCAUAUUUACCUAAGGAAGGUACUGCUGGCGGCCCGCCUUCAAAAACUGUGGAAAUCCAAAAACAAAUCGAUGAGACAGUAGGAAUUAUGCGUGAUAAUCUUAAAACUGUUGCUGAAAGAGGAGAGAGAUUAGAUACAUUACAUGUCAAAACUGAAAAUUUAUCAAUUUCAGCUCAAGGAUUUCGUCGUGGAGCAAAUAAACAAGUACCAAACAAAUGUUCUGGUGCAUAUUCUACAAAAGUUCCGAUUCAACUUCUUUUCAAUUUAGAUUUGGGAACAGGUAGAGAUAAUGGUGGGGAGAAGCGGGGAACAAGAACUUUACAAAAUCACCCUUUUACAAUACAGGAACAAUCAAACCAUCUAACCCAUGGAGAACCAGAAACAAUGAUAAACCGAGUCACUGGAAUUGAUGCCAAGCAUGGAGACAUGGGUACAUGGAAAUUGUGCGGAAACCAAUCUGUAGACGCAUCUACCUCAAUUGAGAGCAAAACCUCUAAUCCAAACUCUCACUAUAAAAUCACGAAUAAGGAUUCUUUGCAGUUGGAUACAGAUCAUAUUGAAAACUUUGCUGAAACCUAUGGCAUCACUGCCAUUGCUCUUAAAUGGAAUGAAAUGGAUGGUAGUAUGAAGUAUAUGGGAGAUGACCUGACAGAAGACACUUGUGAACUGGUACCUGCAAAGGAAUAUAUACGUCGAAUGAAUGAAAUGGCAGCAAUGUCUUGGAAUAAUCGAAUUAUUAUAAAAAUAAAUAAAUUAACAUAUUGUAAACUUAGAAAGGUGUUAGAUAUUUUUUAUGGUAAACUUUUAAUUUGA